AUGGGCAAAGAGAUCCUGUUCAACGACCACUGGGAAACCCGCCUCUUUAUCAACGGGGAAUUCCGCACCUCUGGUGAUGGCAAGCGAUUUGAUGUGACCAACCCGUACACGGGAGAUGUCCUCGCACACGUCCACGCAGCAAGCAAAGACGACACCAAUGAUGCUGUCCGCGCCGCCCUGGCGGCCUUCCCCUCCUGGCGAGAUCUGCAGCCCUCCGAGCGUGGCGUGUAUUUCCUCCGGUUGGCCGACCUGGUCGAGGCCUCGGCCGGCGAACUCGCUCGGCUCGAUGCCAUGGACUCGGGCAUUCCCAUCUCGCAGGCGAGAGGCACCAAGCUGAUCACAACGAGCCUGCGUUACCUCGCUCAAGCUGGAUGGACCAUUCAGGGAACAACCAGCACGAACACUCGCCACCAUUUCAACUACACCGUCCAGGAGCCGUAUGGCGUGGUCGCGUGCAUCGGCGCGUCCAAUAUCCCGCUAAUGCCGAUGGCGUGCGAUGUGGCACCCGCACUGGCAGCGGGCAACACCGUCGUUUUCAAGACCAACGAGAAAGACCCACUGGCGCUGCUCGCCCUCGCCCGGCUCGUCCAGCAGGCCGGGUUCCCUCCCGGGGUGUUGAACAUCAUCUCGGGCUUCCGAGACCCGGUGGGCAGCACCCUGGCCGCACACCUGGACGUCCGCUGCCUGACAUUUGCCGGCAGUCCCGGCGCGACCCAGGAAAUCCUCGCCACUGCGGCAAGGUCCAACAUGAAGCGCGUGAAUGCGCACUCCGGCGGCGGCUCAGCGGCCCUCAUCUUCGCUGACGCCGACCUGGCGCAGGCGGCGGCCGACACGACGUCCAGCAUCCUGUCCCUGAAUGGACAGAACUGUAUGGCGAACACGCGCAUCUUCGUCGAGGCGGCCGCGGCAGAGGAGUUCGGCCGCUUGCUGCGCCAGCAGUUUGCCGAGUCCGUCCAUCCCGGCGACCCGCUCGAUCCGAGCACGACGGUGGGACCGUCCAUGGAUGAUGAGUAUUUCACCAUGUUGAAGACGGCAGUGCAGACGGCCUACCGCGACGGCCGAGUGGUGGUCGGCGGCAAGAUGGGCGAACCCGCCGGCGGCCGGUUGUUCUUGCAGCCCACCAUCGUGGAGGAGGUGCCGAGUGACUCGCCGCUGAUGCAAGCGCCGGCCUGGGGGCCCCUGCUGGUGGUGAAUCGAUUUGAGUCCGAAGAUGACGGGCUGCGUAUGGCAAAUGCCUACCCCUUUGGGCUCUAUGCGGCCGUGUAUACACGCGACUCGGACAGAGUGCAUCGUCUGGUGCGCCGGCUGGACGUGGGAAACGUGGCGGUGAACUGUUCUGGGCCCACCCUAGCCUUUGAUUUGCCAUUUGGAGGGAGGAAGAUGAGCGGCGGAGCCACGAAUGGGGUGCUCUAUGCUAUGGGGAAUUAUCUGCAGAAUAAGUCGGUGUUGUGGAAGACCUGCUAG